CUCUUUUGUAAAUGCCGGGCUAAUUCUGUCGUUAAUUCGAGUGGACCGAACCAAAGAAGCUUCGCUGAUCGGUAUUGAAAAUCAAGAGCUCUUCUGACUUUUCCAUUAUUUAAAUAUAAUAGUGUCAUUUGACUAAAAUGUUCCUGAUGCCAGCCUCUUCAGAGUUAAACAGUGGGCAGAACUUCCUAACCCAAUGGAUGACCAAUCCUUCUCGGGCUGGGGUCAUAUUAAAUCGUGGAUUUCCUAUUUUGGAAACAGAUGAAGAUAAGCAAACAGCUACAAAUGCUUCUACCAGCUUUCCUGUUAAAGCUGCAUAUUUUUCAAAGAGCUUCAGUUUUAUUAGUGAAGAAGAUUCACUUCAUGAAGAACAGAAAUUGGAGUCUGAUGGCCUUUUUAAACUACAGUCAGAAAAAUCUGAAGUCCAUACAAUCUUUCCUUUAGUUAAAAAGGAACCACAAAUAGUAGCAUGCCAGGAUGCUUCUGAACACCAGGAAGAUAAUAAAAAUGACUUUAUUCCCAAUCUUGUGAGUGAAUUACAACAAGUGGCUUAUAAAGACCCACUUUUUAAAAAACUCGAACAGCUGAAGGAAGUACAACAGAAGAAGCAAGAACAACUGAAGAGGCAACAGUUAGAGCAACUACAAAGGCUCAUGGAAGAACAAGAAAAGCUGCUUACUAUAGUGUCUGGGCAGCACAUGCUUCCAGGAGAAGGUAUUUCAUCUUGCUGGGAGAAAAUAACAGAACAGAUUCAGGAAGGGAAUGAUAUGAACUUAAAAAAGAUUGAUGAUUCCUCAGAAGUGGUUAAUAUGGAAGAAAGGCCUAUUAAAGCUGCCAUUAGAGAAAGGAAGCAGACAUUUGAAGACUAUUUAGAAGAACAAAUUCGGUUGGAAGAACAAGAACUGAAAAAAAACCAGCUAAGGGAGGCAGAAGAACCUUUGCUAAUAAAAGCAAAACCCAAACAACCAUUCUUAAAACGAGGAGAAGGUUUAGCUAGGUUUACUAAUGCUAAAUCUAAGAUUCAAAAAGGGAAAGAAAGUAAACUAGUGCCUAACCAGAGCACAUCAGAGGACCACCCUGUGUUUAAAAUAGACAAACAACAAUUCCAGCGGAAAACUGCUCUUAUAAAUAAAGAACUGUGUGCAGAGAAUACUACUUUUAAAAAGGAAAAUAAAGCUAGAAGCAAAACUGCUUCUGUUACACUCACUCAAAAACCUAAAGUGCCUAAAAGCAAUAAUAGGAAAAAUCUCUCUUCAUCAGUAUUGAAAAUACAGAUGGGGAAGAAAUGUGAUGGGCAAAUUAAAGACCAAAUUAAACUAGAAAAAAAGGUCCAAUCUAAUAACAAAGAAAAUGCACCCGAGUAUACAAAACCCUGUGAUGCUGGUUGCAAAAUGUGGAAUAAGAUACAAGGGAAAGACAGACAGCGUCUUUUAACAGGACCUGUCAGCUGCAUGGCUUCUAAGAGCCCAGUAAAUGAGAUUGUGAAGGAGUCAGAAUCUUCUCUUGAUGUUUCUCUUCAGAAAAAAUUAGAGAAUUGGGAAAGAGAAAAGGAAAAGGAAAAUUUGGAAUUGGAUGAAUUUUUAUUUUUAGAGCAAGCUGCUGAUGAAAUAUCAUUUUCUAGUAAUUCUUCAUUUGUACUGAAAAUUUUAGAAAGAGACCAACAGAUCAGCAAAGGUCAUCGGAUGUCUUCAACCCCUGUCAAAGCUGUGCAGCAGGAAAAGACACACCUGAUGGAUCCCAGUAGUCAGAAUAACCAUGGUGAGGAUCCAGGCCAUCACCCUCCCCAUGAAAGUAAAAGGGAGUGUGAGGUCACACCUAAAUCUCUUGGUUCAGCAUCCUUGCCUGAUGGAUUGAGGGAACCUUCUUGUAAAAUCAGUAGGAAGGCCUUCCAGAUGAUCACUUCUGAAAAUCAAAUGCAAUGGGAUGCAAGUGAUGAUGAAGGUGUUACAAAUAGUGACAGUAGCAUUGACUCUGAGGAGCAGCUUGAUGUUGCCAUAAAACCAUCUAGUGAGGCUGGAGAAAGAAGUUUCAACAACGGAGAGGAUAGUCCACAAGUCUGUAAUGACAAGGGGCCUAUUAGGGAUACCAGGACUCAAGAAGAUAAAAGGAGAGAUGUUGAUUUGGAUUUGUCUGACAAAGAUUAUAGCAGUGAUGAGUCUAUUGUAAUAGAAAACAUGAAUAAAGUGCCUGAGCCCUCAAGAAGACCCUCAUUUCUAAGUAUGAGUAAAAUUGAUUUUGACGAUGAAAGAUCUUGGACCGACCUUGAAGAGAAUUCAUGUAAACAUGCCAUUAAUCUUGGGGAUGAAGCCAUUUAUGGAAUGACACAGACUUGCUACCCUAAUAAAAGUGAAAUAUGUGUUAUGGACAAAACAAUUAAAAGGAAGGUAGCACCAGUCAAGAAGGGAGAAGACUUAAGCAAGUCUCGUAGGAGUAGAAGUCCUCCUCCUACCUCAGAUCUGAUGAUGAAAUUCUUCCCGUCUUUGAAACCUAAAACAAAAUCAGAUUCACAUUUAGGAAAUGAACCCAAAUUAAACAUGAAUCAAGAUCAGCCACCUGGUGACAAUGCUCGAUCCCAGAUGUUGAGAGAGAAAGUUAUUGAAUUGGAAACAGAAAUAGAAAAAUUUAAAGCAGAGAACACAUCUUUAGCUAAACUUCGCAUUGAACGAGAAAGUGCCUUGGAAAAACUCAGGAAAGAAAUUGCAGACUUUGAGCAACAGAAAGCAAAAGAAUUGGCUCGAAUAGAAGAGUUUAAAAAGGAGGAAAUGAGGAAACUACAAAAGGAGCGUAAAGUUUUUGAAAAGUAUACUACAGCUGCAAGAACUUUUCCAGAUAAAAAGGAACGUGAAGAAAUCCAGGCUUUGAAACAGCAAGUAGCAGAUUUACAAGAAGAUUUGAAAAGAAAGGAAGCAAAAUGGUCAAGCACACACGGUCGUCUCAGAAGCCAGAUAGAAAUGUUAGUCAAAGAGAACACGGAUCUCCGGGAAGAGAUAAAAGUGAUGGAAAGAUUCCGAAUUGAUGCCUGGAAGAAAGCAGAAGCAAUUGAGAGCAGCCCUAAGGCCUACCAGUGUAUGACUGCCACAAAAAACGAUGAGUCUGUGAACCCAUCUAUUCGAUUUCAAAAGAGCCACAUUUCUUCAGGAACCCAGGUAGAAAAAUGUAAGAAAAAUUAUUUGCCAACACAAGGGAAUCCAUCUCAAAGAUCCAAGUCUGUACCUGUUCGUGAUUUAGGCAGCUCGGAUAAAGGACAAGCUGCCUUGCCCAGGGAGCCACUUGAACUGGUAAACUUCCCAGAUUCUGAAUAUAAAAAGAAGGAAGAAAAAGAAGAAAUUCAGGGAGAAAUCAAUCAUCCUGAUGGAAAGGUGGAAAAGGUUUAUAAGAAUGGGUGCCGACUUAUACUAUUUCCCAAUGGGACUCGGAAAGAAGUAAGCGCUGAUGGCAAGAGUGUUACUGUCAAUUUCUUUAAUGGUGAUGUGAAGCAGGUCAUGCCAGAUGAAAGAGUGAUCUACUACUAUGCUGCUGCCCAGACAACUCACACUACAUACCCAGAAGGACUUGAGGUCUUACAUUUUUCAAGUGGACAAAUAGAAAAACAUUUCCCAGAUGGAAGAAAAGAAAUCACGUUUCCUGAUCAGACUAUUAAAAACUUAUUUGCUGAUGGACAAGAAGAAAGCAUCUUCCCAGAUGGUACAGUUGUCAGAGUACAACGUGACGGCAACAAAAUCAUAGAGUUUAAUAAUGGCCAAAGAGAACUCCAUACCUCCCAGUUCAAGAGAAGGGAAUAUCCAGAUGGCACUGUUAAAACUGUCUAUACAAAUGGUCAUCAAGAAACCAAGUAUACAUCUGGUCGAGUACGAGUUAAAGACAAGGAUGGUAAUGUCCUAAUGGACACAGACUUGUAAUGAUCCUUGUAUGACUAUAAUCAUGAAGUAAUACUGAUUUUCCUGUCAAAAAUGUAUAUUUCUUGUGAAUUCUGUUUAAUUUAUUAUAGAUUCUGUGUGUAUGUGUGUGAAUAAAUGUAAAAGAUUAUGUUUGCAGGAA